AGAGCGCCUAUGUUGGUGCAGCCGUCUUUCUCGGAUGUUUUUGCAAUGCAAAUAUCUUGGCGGAGAUACCGGGAUGUGUACGGAUGCGUGUGAGAGAGAUAGCACUGACACUUCUGGUAAUCUGCAACAAUCUCCUCCAUUCAGUAAGUUGAGAGGUUGAUGAAACUUUUCUUGAAUGCCUGUCCCGCUGGCUGGCACAUCUGGACGUGGGUCGUCUGAGCUGUCAACUCCAGCGCCAACUUUUAGCCGGACCUGACCUGACCCCCUUUUCUUUUGUUUUUUCUCCCCCUCACUCUUUUGAAAAAUCCUACAGCCUUGAGACGGAAUAUUGGACUUACUCGCUUUCUGUCUCUCCUUUUCUCUCUCUAAACUAUUUGUCAACAAAAUUACAAAUCACACAAUGGAACUCUCAUUCCUCAGAAUGACGUACGUCUUGGUAGUAAUUUGUCUUUUGGAUAAAAGGGUAGACUCCAACGAGAUCUUGGGCCUGAAGAUCCCCAACAUCGACCCAAUCCUGAAUGCCAACACGGUGUGCCUGACGCUGCCAGGGCUAACGCGACGCCAGCUGGAGGUGUGCAUGAGGAACCCAGAUGUGACAGCCUCAGCCAUCCAAGGAAUCCAGAUUGCCAUCCAUGAGUGCCAGCACCAGUUCAGAGGGCACCGCUGGAACUGCUCCAGCCUGGAGACCAGAAACAAAAUACCCUAUGACAGUGUGGUCUUCAAAAGAGGUUUUAGAGAGAGUGCCUUUGCAUAUGCCAUUGCGGCAGCAGGCGUGGUGCAUGCAGUAGCCAACGCCUGCUCCAUGGGCAAACUUAAGGCCUGCGGCUGCGAUGAGAAGCGGCGUGGAGACGAGGAGGCCUUCCGCAUCAAACUGCACCGUCUGCAACUGGAGGCCAUCCACCGGGGGAAGGGUAUGGUGCAUGGCGUCAUGGAGCACUUCCCCGCCGACCUGCCAGGGCCUCAGGACUCCUGGGAGUGGGGCGGCUGCAGCCCUGACGUGGAAUUCGGAGAGAAGUUCUCACGGGACUUCCUGGAUGCCCGUGAGACCUACAAGGACAUCCAUGCCCGCAUGAGGCUGCAUAAUAACAGAGUUGGGAGGCAGGUGGUGCUGGACCACAUGAGGAGGAAAUGCAAGUGCCACGGGACAUCAGGGAGCUGCCAGCUGAAGACCUGCUGGCAAGUCACCCCGGAGUUCCGGUUAGUCGGCUCGCUUCUUAAAGAGCGUUUCCACAUCGCCACGCUUAUCAAGGCCCACAAUCGAAACACCGGCCAACUCGACCACUCCCACCACAACAACCACCACAACCACCAUAACCACCACAACCACCACCACCACCACCACCACCAUCAGAACAACCACCACAACCACCACCACACGCAUCGCCGGCGGCCCAGCAUCAAUGAGCUCGUCUACUUUGAAAAGUCACCAGAUUUCUGCGAGCGGGACCUGGGAUCGGACUCGGCGGGCACGCAGGGCCGGAUCUGCAACAAGACCAGCCCCGGCAUGGACAACUGUGAGAGCCUGUGUUGUGGGAGGGGCCACAACAUCCUGCAGCAGACGCGGAGUGAACGCUGCAACUGCAAGUUUCACUGGUGCUGCUAUGUGGUUUGUGAAGAGUGCAGGAUAACAGAGUGGGUCAGUGUCUGUAAAUGAAGAA